AUGAAUCUGAUCACAUACAACAUUAAGGGUUGUGGAACCUCAAUUAAGAGGCAAAUGGUAUGUCAAUUGAUUCUAGGUGGUAAUGUUGAUGUUUAUUUCAUCCAAGAGUCAAAAAUCCAAAACAUGACUGAUUCGUUGGUGAAAAUCAUUUGGGGUAAAUAUGACUAUGGUUGGUCUUCUGUGGAGGUUAUAGGUCGUUCUAGAGGCAUUCUAACUAUUUGGAUGAGGCACAAAUUUUGCUCUAAUUUCAGUUUCAAAGGAAAAGGGUAUUUGGGGGUGAAUGGCUUGUGGAAAGGAACAAAUUGUUACAUUGUCAAUGUAUACUCCUCAUGUAACAAUGUGGAAAAGAGAAGGCUUUGGUCUAAGCUUGUUCAGUUGAAGAAUAAUUUUCCAAAAGGGGAAUGGGAAGUAGGGGGACUUCAAUGCCAUCAAGCAGGAGGAUGA